GGUAGGUAGAGUUGAGAGUUCUCCUUGUUCCUCUCUCUCUUUCUCUCUCGCACACACACACAGAAGGAUGUGGAGGCUGAAGGUGGGGGAGGGAGUCGGAGAUACAUGGCUGAGGACGGCCAACAAUCACCUGGGGAGGCAGGUGUGGGAGUUCGAUCCCGAUUUCGGGUCCGAGGAAGAUCGAAAGGCGAUUGAAGAGGCGCAGGCAAAUUUCACCAGACAUCGGUUUGAGAAGAAGCACAGCUCGGAUCUGAUCAUGAGAAUGCAGUUUGCAAGAGAAAAUCCAUGUGACUUGUCCAUCCCCCAAGUGUUCGUUAAAGAUGGUGAAGAUCCUUCAGUGGAGGCUGUGACACAGACUUUGCAAAGGGCUGUCAAAUUCUACUCAACUUUACAAGCACAUGAUGGCCAUUGGCCUGGUGAUUUUGCUGGUACAUUGUUUUAUAUGCCUGGAUUGGUAAUUGUUCUAUACAUUACUGGAGCCUUGCAUAAUGUUCUAUCCUCAGUGCAUAUACAAGAGAUGUGUAACUAUAUAUAUAAUCAUCAGAAUGAAGAUGGAGGGUGGGGAUUUCAUAUCGAAGGUCCUAGUACGAUGUUUGGUACAGCAUUAAACUACGUCACUUUAAGAUUGCUUGGUGAGAGACUUGAAGGAAAGGAAUCAUGUCCAUUGGAGAAAGCACGAAAAUGGAUCCUUGAUCGAGGUGGUGCCAUUUUCAUACCAUCAUGGGGAAAGAUGUGGCUUUCGGUGCUUGGAUUAUACGAUUGGUCUGGCAACAACCCAUUGCCCCCUGAGAUAUGGCUUCUUCCUACCUUCCUUCCUAUUCAUCCAGGAAAAUUGUGGUGUCAUUGUCGCAUGGUCUACACACCCAUGAGCUACUUGUAUGGAAAUAGAUUUGUUGGUCCUAUCACAGAAACAGUCUUGGAACUACGCAAAGAGCUUCUUCCUCUACCAUAUGAUCAAGUAGAUUGGAAUAAAACACGAAAUUUAUCUGCAAAGGAGGACCAGUACUACCUGAAUCCACUCAUACAAGAUGUUCUUUGGGCAGCAUUUCACAAGAUUGUGGAACCAUUCCUAAGGCAUUGGCCUGGGUCUGUCUUAAGGGAGAAGGCUUUACAUACAGUGAUGCAACAUAUACACUAUGAGGAUGAAAAUACUCAUUAUGUUUGCAUUGGUGCAGUGAACAAGGUCCUAAAUAUGCUUUGUUGUUGGGUUGAAGAUCGAAAUUCAGAAGCAUUUAAAUUGCAUCUUUCAAGAAUACCAGAUUAUUUAUGGGUUGCAGAAGAUGGAAUGAAGAUGAAGGGUAACAAUGGAGGCCAGUUGUGGGAUACUGGUUUGGCUAUUCAAUCAAUACUUGCAACUGAACUUGUUUCAGAUUGUAAAACGACUCUUAGGAAAGCACAUGACUUCAUAAAAUGUUCACAGGUUCAAGACAAUUGCUAUGGUGACUUUACCUCAUGGCAUCGCCACACAUCAAAAGGUGCUUGGACUUUAUCAACAACAGACUAUAGAUGGCAAGGCUCAGAUUGCACUGCCGAAGUUCUGAAGGCUGCCCUUUUACUUGCAAAAUUACCAUCAAAUGUGGUAGGAGAACCUCUGGCAGUAGAGAAAUUUUAUGAUGCUGUGGAUUUGAUCCUAUCUCUACAGAAUAAAUGUGGUGGCUUUGCGACUUAUGAGCUAUCAAGAUCAUAUGCAUGGUUGGAGGUCAUGAAUCCAUCUAAGAUCUUUGCGGACAUAAUGAUUGAUUAUCCAUUCACAGAAUGUACAUCAUCUGUUGUUCAAGCUUUAGCAGCUUUUAGAAAAGUAUAUCCUGACUAUCGAAAGGAAGAUAUAGAGAUUUGUAUCGCAAAGUCUCUUAGUUUCAUUAAAAAGAUGCAAUUACCUGAUGGAUCAUGGUAUGGUUAUUGGGGUAUAUGUUUCACGAAUGGCACAUGGUUCGGGGUUGAGGGGCUGGUGGCUGGUGGCAUGACCUAUGAGAAUUGCUCUGCAAUCCGUAAAGCAUGUGAAUUUUUGCUAUCAAAACAACUAGAAUCUGGAGGUUGGGGUGAAAGCUAUCUUUCAUGCCAGAAUAUGGAAUACACAAACCUGACAGGAAACCGCUCACAUUUUGUCAAUACAUCUUGGGCAAUGCUUGCACUACUUAGUGCUGGACAGGCUGAGAGAGAUCCAAAACCUCUGCAUCGUGCAGCAAGAGUGUUAAUUAAUGGCCAAAUGGAAAAUGGGGAUUUCCCCCAGCAGGAAAUUAUGGGUGUUACCAACAGAUACUGCAUGAUCAGUUAUUCUGCAUACAGGAAUGUAUUCCCAAUAUGGGCCAUGGGGGAGUAUCGCAAACACAUGCUUUCAGCCUUCUAAAAAUCAUUUCUAUUAUAGCUUCUUGUUGAGUAAUACUCUGAGUCGGGAUCCAUGUUUCCACCUUCACACAGUUGUAUUGUGAAAGCUAUGUAAUAAGCAAAUCUGUAAUAAGGUGUAGACAAUUCUACUAGAUGGACGGAAUUCUAUAAUAUUUUGAGACAAUAAAAAGUCUG